CUUCCCCAGUCAGCAUCCGGCCACUCACAAUCAACCACAACAACUUCGGAAUCCCCAUCCUUUUCUAUACCCUCUUCGCAGAGGAAUCGACUGAAUCCGAGUCCAAGAAGACGGGUCGCACAGUGACCGCCUUCUUCACCUACGUCAAUCGACUUCUUUUCAUAGAGAAGCCAGAGUCAUUCUUUUCAUCAAUCUUUCGUAUAUCGAAAGGUUGAUAGGAAAGACUGCCUCUUGCGCCGUAGAAAACCGCCAAACUGGAUUUUGAGGCCCGUGUCCCCGUCCCUUUCAGCAUCUUCCCGGCUACGUACCGGGAACCUGAAAAGGGCAUUCAGACUCAUACGCACGUUCACGAGAAGGUUGAGGUCAAGGUCACCAAGCCGGCUCAUGGUGCUCACCAUGACCACGGCCAUGAGGACCACCAUCAUGCUCCCGUCCCUCCGGCUGUCCAUGAGCUUCAGCCUCCCCGUGUAGAGCAGCGCAUUGUCGAGGAGGAGAUCCACAUCACCCGUGAGGAGGAGGUUCACAAGGAAGAUCACCACAAGGAGCAUCACCACCACCAUCGCCCUGCCAGCGCCCACUCGCACCGCUCUCACCAUUCGCAUCACUCUCACAAGCCUCACUCACCUCAUAUCCCUCACCUUCAUCUUCACAAGAACGAGGGCCACCACCACCAUCACCACCACCACCACCACGACGAGGAGGAGGACCACAAGGAGCACAAGCACCACCUCAUUGACCACCUCACUGACAAGCUCCCCCACAUCCACCGCGCUCACUCGGCCAGGGACGAGGAACACCACCACAAGGACCACAAGCACCACCUCAUUGACAAGGUUCACCGUCCUCACUCCCACCACUCUUCCCACCAUGAUAUCGUCGAGGUGCACAAGACGGAGCAUAUCCAUACCCACAACCAUGGUCACAACUCCCACGGCUCCCAUGGCUCCCACGUUGGUCCGGUGAUCGUUCCCGAGCCCAAGCACAACGACCACCACCACGCGCCGCACUAUCCUCUGGAGCCUCAGGAGCACCAUUCGCACACUCAUGUGCACUCGCACACCAGUGGUCACAACUUUUCUGAACCAUCCUUCGAAAAGCCUCAUCAUCACCACUCCUCUUCUCAUCAUCAACAAUCCUCCGACAGCGCCAGCGCUAUCGACAUUGCUGAGCAUCAAUACCGGUCCAAGUUCCAGCCCGCCUACCACAACGAAGGUCACGUAGUCGGUUCCACCGUCGACGUCGCUAGCUACCGUCCCAGCCACAAGGAGUCCACCCACGUCGACGACACUACUGUCGACUUCCCUGCACUCCCUGCACCCCCUAGAUCCACUUCUUACAAGGAGAAGAUCGUUGUCGACGAGACUACCGUCGACUUCCCCACCUACCGUCCGGCUCAUAAGAAGGCACCCAGCCUCUACAGCGAGUCCACUGUCGACAUCCAAGAAAACGAACUUUCUCUAGUCAAAGUUUCCAACAACAACAACACAUCUUCCAAAAUGGGCUACUACGACGACGACGCUCACGGCCACGUUGAGGCUGAUGCCGCGCCCCGUGCCACCACCGGCACUGGCACCGGCUCUGCUUCCCAGACUGUCACCAUCCCCUGCCACCACAUCCGCCUCGGCGAUAUCCUCAUCCUCCAGGGCCGCCCUUGCCAGGUCAUCCGCAUCUCCACCUCCGCCGCCACUGGCCAGCACCGUUACCUCGGUGUCGACCUCUUCACCAAGCAGCUCCAUGAGGAGUCCAGCUUCGUCUCCAACCCUGCCCCCAGCGUCGUCGUCCAGACCAUGCUCGGCCCCGUCUUCAAGCAGUACCGUGUUCUCGACAUGCAGGACGGCUCCAUCGUCGCCAUGACCGAGACUGGCGAUGUCAAGCAGAACCUCCCCGUCAUUGACCAGAGCUCUCUCUGGAACCGUCUCCAGAAGGCUUUCGAGUCUGGCCGCGGCUCCGUCCGUGUCCUCGUCGUCUCCGACCACGGUCGCGAGAUGGCCGUCGACAUGAAGGUCGUCCACGGUUCCCGCCUCUAAAUCGGGGGUUCCGUCAUCCGUUCAAUAAUAUGACUUUCGCCCUUCCUGGAAUCGAACACACGACACACGGUUGGGUUAAUAAGGGCUGCUUGGAUGUUAUGAUAUGGUCUCUCUGAUGCUGGGUCUGAUUUUUUGCGCGCGUCUAGAAGAUGGGUUGGAUAAUUUGUACUGGUAGUAUGCUCCCUCCCCAUCCAUGUAUAUGAAAAUUGUAAUGGAAGGAGUCGUCAGUAAUACAACCUUAAAAAAACCCGCUUCGUCUUGUUCCAAUUGAUUGUGUGUGAACAG